UUUAAAGAGAAGUACGUUUUCGGUUGUCGACAGGCGAACGUGAGUUGCGAUUCACUUGAUUGAAGUUUUUCGAACUCGAGGCAGGCUCAACUCAGUGAACUCGCUCGAUUCGUCGAGUCAUCGACCGGCGAACAACUUGAGCCUCAGGUCACCAUCUUCCUCCACAGUACUUAAGGGACUUUACGUCGCCAUCUCCUGACUUUCCUUUUCUUCUUCCUUCAACAUAUACUCUCCUAUAUAUACAUAUCUUGUCCAUUUCAGACCCAUCUCACCUCGAUCAUCAAUACAAGCAUCCCAACAUCCACCAACAUGGCAGCUUCAUCCAUCCAUGCCGAGACACUCCAAUCCCAUUAUCCCUGGACCACCGCACCCCUCGUGAGCUCUGCGCCCAUGCGCCUGAUUACCACUGAUCCUCUUGCAAUCGCCGUCUCGCAGGCCGGAGGCCUGGGGUUCCUCGGCGCGGGUAGCGGCACCGACCUCGACCGCUUCGAAUCCCUCCUCAAGUCCACCGCCGAUGCGCUCGCUACCUCUCCACUCCCCGGAACGCCUCCUGGCGUCCUGCCCAUCGGUGUCGGGUUUAUCUGCUGGGGUGCUGACCUGGCCACCGCUAUGCAAGCCAUUCGUGAGGCGCCUCUCAAACCAGCCGCUGUAUGGCUCUUCGCUCCCAAAGAUACCGACGAGUUGAUGGCGUGGACCCAAGGGAUCCGGGAUGCGAGCGACGGGAAAUCCAAGAUCUGGAUCCAGGUCGGCACUGUCGCGGACGCGGUGCAGGUCGCUAAGGCCUGUAAGCCAGAUGUCUUGGUGAUUCAGGGCGCGGAUGCCGGGGGCCAUGGCCUUGUGCGCUCUAGCUCCAUCAUCUCUUUGCUGCCAGAGACCGCGGAUGCCUUGGCUGCCGAGGGGCUUGGUCAUAUUCCUCUUGUCGCGGCGGGAGGGAUUGUCGAUGGGAGAGGUGUGGCUGCGGCCUCCGCGCUGGGCGCGAGUGGUGCAGCCAUGGGGACGAGGUUCCUUGCCUCUCCAGAGGCGGCCAUUAGCGAGGGCUAUAGGAAUGAUGUGAUUCGAGCGAAAGAUGGUGGGGUGAGCACCAUUCGAACGAACGUGUACGAUCGACUGAGGGGUACGGAGGGAUGGCCAGAUCAUUAUAACGCACGAGGAGUGCUGAAUCACAGUUUCUGGGAUCAUGAGAAAGGGAUGCCCCACGAGGAGAACAAGAGACUGUAUGAGGAGGCGUCGAAGCUGGGCGACGCGGGCUGGGGCGAUCAAGGCAGAAUGACGACGUAUGCUGGGACUGGGGUGGGGUUGAUAACGAAAACUAUGCCGGCUGGGGACAUUGUGAGGGAAGUCCUGAGGGAUGCGGCGCAGACAUUGGCAAGAUUGUAAGGAAAUUCGAUGCAUUAUAUUUUCUAGGUCAUAUGGAGGAAGUCCUGCGAGUCGGAUCUCGCGGGGCAAUGUUUCAAGACAGCUCCUCCUAACCGUAUAUAGUCCAUGUAUAUUCUAACAAUCCAAACGAACUCCGGGUAUCAUCGUAUCUACUUCUGUCUAGCCAUU